CGUAUCGCGGUCUCCUUCCACACGCGCACAAUACACGCUACACGGGACACUCUCGCACUCGACGGCAGAGUGACACUUGCCGCCUCUGCCGCGACACCACGGGCCAUGAAGCUGGAGGUGUCGCCGAGGCAGAGGACCCAAGAAGCAGAGCAGAACGAGGGCGUCGCCGUGGAGCCAUGGAAGCACCCGAAGCAGCUCUGCGCUAGCCUGGGCUACGGGGAGGAGGAGGCGUCACGGCUGGUGCCGCCGCUCAACUUCGGCAUGGUCGACGACGGCGUCUUCCGGUCGGGGUUCCCCGACGCGGCCAACUUCCGGUUCCUCGCGUCCCUCAACCUGCGCUCCGUCGUGUACCUGUGCCCGGAGCCGUACCCGGAGCAGAACGCGCGGUUCCUGGGGCGCAGCGGGAUCAAGCUCCACCACUUCGGAAUCCAGGGCCGCAAGGAACCGUUUGUCGACAUCCCCGAAGAAACGAUCCGCGAGGCGCUCAAAGUCAUCCUUGACGUGAGAAACCACCCGGUGCUCAUCCACUGCAAGAGAGGCAAGGUAUAUUCUGCACCCUAUACACCUCAUACAGCACUUUCUAAUGAAAAUCAUAACCAUGUGCUUCUCUCAGCACCGUACCGGCUGCGUGGUGGGCUGCCUGAGGAAGCUGCACAAGUGGCGCCUGUCCUCCGUCUUCGACGAGUACCUGCACUUCGCGGCGGCCAAGGCGAGGAAAACCGACCAGCGGUUCAUGGAGCUCUUCGACACGUCAAGCCUGGUGCAUCUGCUCGCCUCGCAGUGUUGAUGAAAGCGAGCGAGCGUUUUUCCUUUCUCUUUUAGCCUGUCCCGAUCCUGCCACCAUGCGGCUGCGACGACCUGUGUUUCUCCCGCGGUGAUUCACAGAGAAUAAUGUUACUAGAACAAUCAUGGGCCAUAUCUAUGAGAGAUAGAAGACCAAUGAAACAUGUACUCCUUGAAUGAUCAAAAAUAUAAAUUUCAAGGUGUGUGACACA